AUGGGAGGAAGAUUUGGUAGAAGAAGAAAUCAGAUAGAUCCUAAUAAUUAUAAUGAUCCAUUUUAUCAGGCUGGAGGUUACCCACCUACUGGUGUCCCAGCUCCAUACUCUUAUGGUGCUGAUCCAUAUGGUGGAUUAGGUGGAUAUGAACCUGAUCCAUAUGGUUAUGGAUUUCCUGAAACUGAUCCAUAUGAAACUUAUGGAGGACCAAUGGGAUAUAGACCCAAUUAUUAUGGUGGACGAUAUGGUCGAGGACUUAGUCAAAUGUCUGGAUCUCCAUGGAAUUAUGGUAAUUUUUAUAUGGGAAAUACUACAUUGCAAAUGUUACCGAUGAUGCAAAGAAAAGUAGCUAAAUAUGCACUAAGACAAGGAAUGGGUGGAAUGGGUGGAAUGGGUGGAAUGGGCGGAAUGGGUGGUAGUGGAGUUAUGCCAAUGAUGCCUAUGAUGCCCAUGAUGCCUUGUAUGCCAUCAGCAUGUAGUAUGCCAAUGGCUUCACCUAUGAUGGCAGUUGCUGCACCAUUACCUGUCGCUUAUAAUCCACUAAUUCAAGGUAUGUAUCCAGUGGUAACAGCAAAUACUGCUAACUGGAUGACUCCAACAUCGUUUAUGUCUGCAUUAUCAAAUGGUCCUAUGCCUUAUCGACCACCACCAUCAUUUGAACUUCCAAAUAAUAUUGGUAUGGUAAUGACUGUUCCGUAUGGUGCACCAAAUCCUCUGCUUACACCUCCAUGUUUUGGUGGUUUUAGUCCACAAGCUAGUUUCAGUCGUGGACUUUCAUGUUGUUGUUGUUAUUGUACACCACCAGCACCACCUCCUGUUAGUUUUUAUCCACGUCCAGUAUGUGUUCCACAACCGUAUCCUGUUCCAUGUCCUGCUCCAUUUCCAAUUCCUAAUAUCCAACAAGUACCGGUUCCAAGACCGGUCACGGUUGUUGCACCACCCAUUAUGGCUGGUUGUAAUAAUUCUUUUUCUAUACCAGCUGGUGCACCAUUACUACCAUCUCAAGGUGGUUUUACACAAAAUGGUUUUGGUCAAACAUUAGUUAUGGCAUCGAAUAAAUCUACUAACUCUACUUCAGAAUCAAUAUCAAAUGAUGAAACACCUGUAAAAUCAAAACGUGGUACAGUUGAUCCGAAAUCUAUAAAUAAUUCUCGUCGUGCAAAAGCUCAAGAAAUUGCUGCUAGUCUUUCAAAUCUUGGACUAAAUAAUAGUGUACGUAAAGAAAUAACUUCAAGUAAAAGUAAAAAUCGACCUAAACUGAAUUAUACUUCUCGUAAUUUUGGUUCAUUAUCUCAAUUGAGUGGUAGAAUUAAUUCCGAUUCCGAUUGGUUAACAUCAGAUACAUUAUCGGAUAUAUUAGAAAAGACUAAAGGAAAUCGACAUGAAAAAUUGACUGCACGUCGUACACGUACACAUCGUCAAAGAAAUUCAAUAUCUGAUCAUAAUUAUUUAACUUGCAAUCAAGAUCGUUGCAAGAAAUUCUCAUAG